UACAUUUUUCAAAUGUGAAGGUUCCAAAGCUUCGGUUUAUCAAUGUCCUUCCAAUUUGGUAUUCAAUUCUUUGAAAGAUGAAUGCGAUUGGCCGGAGAUCAGUCACUGUCAAAAUGUUACAAAGCAGCCACCGCCAUGUGUUGGUGUCAAGGAUAACACUUUGGUGGAAAAUUUAAAUACAAGUUGUCGAUCCUUCUACGUCUGUGAAAACAGCAAACCCAUAGAACGACUCUGCCCUGAUGGAAUGCUGUUCAACAUCAAAAUGAAAGCUUGUGAUUGGCCACAAAAUGUCAGAUGUGGAGCUCACCUGAAUCUUCGUAAGAAGCGAGAGGUCGAUCCACCGAAAUGCUCCGAAAUCAAAUACAUCAAACAGGACAAGUUUUAUGGUAUCACCAAGGAUGGUUGUCAAACCUUUUUCAAGUGCCUUGACAAUGAAGCUUUUGUAUACAACUGCCCUCCAGGAUUAGUGUUUAGUACGGAAAAGGGUGAAUGCGAUUAUCCAGAGGUGACUAAGUGUGAAGGUCCUGAAGUGGAUGAAGUAAAAGAGCCGGUCAACCCAUGCCUAGGUAAAACAUCUGGAACAUUCGUGGUAAAUUUUGAAAACGAUUGCAAAUCCUUCUUCGUUUGCGAUAACGACAAACCCCUGGAAAAGUUCUGCAACGAUGGUAUGCUCUUCAAUGCUGAAAGUCAAGUCUGUGAUUGGCCUGAAAAAGUACGUUGUGUCAAAAGUGAACAUGGACUUCGUCAAAAACGGGGAAUUUCGCCAAGCAAAGCAAAGAUUCUACCAAGUUGCCGAAAUCUUGAAAGCAACAAAUUCUACGGUUUAGCCACUGACAACUGUCGUAGCUUCUUCAGAUGUGAAGGUUCCAAAGCUGUUGUUUAUGAAUGUCCUUCCAAUCUGGUAUUUAAUUCUUUGAAAGAUGAAUGUGAUUGGCCGGAGGCUAGCCAAUGUCGGAAUGUUACAAAGCAACCCCCACCCUGUGUUGGUGUCAAGGAUAGCACCCUCGUAGAAAACCUGGAGACAAGCUGUCGAUCCUACUACAUUUGUGAAAGUGACAAACCCAUAGAAAGAUCCUGCCCUGAUGGAAUGCUGUUCAAUAUUAAAACAGAAGCUUGCGAUUGGCCACAGAAUGUCAGAUGUGGAGCUCUUUUGAAGCACGCUAAAAAGGAAAAAGUAGAACUACCGAAUUGCGCUAGAGCCAAGGAAGACAAGUUUUAUGGUAUCACCAAUGACGGUUGUCAAACCUUCUUCAAGUGCCUUGAUAACACACCGUUUGUAUACAAUUGCCCACCAGGACUAGUGUUUAGUAUGAAGAAGGCUGAAUGCGAUUAUCCUGAGACGACGAAAUGUGAAGGUCUUGAAGUCGGUGGGACGAAGGAAUCGAAUGAUAUAUGCCUAGGAAAGUCAUCUGGAGUACUACUGCCAAAUGUUGAGAACGGUUGCGAGUCCUUCUUUAGCUGCGACAACAACAAGGCCACAGAAAAAUUCUGCAAAAAGGGUAUGCUCUUCAAUGCUGAAAGCCAAGUUUGUGACUGGCCCGAGAAAGUACGUUGUGGAGAAGCAGCGCACGGAUCUCGUCAAAAACGUGGUAUUCUGCUGGAAAAACCCAAAUAUAUGCCAAAUUGUUUCAACGUCCAACAAGACAAAUUCUAUGGAAUUUCUCAAGAUAAAUGCAAAUCCUUUUUCAAGUGCAUUGGUCAACAAGCCUUUGUCUAUGAAUGUCCUGAAGGAUUGAUUUUCAAUUCAUAUAAGGAUCAGUGCGAUUGGCCAGAAGCAGGAGAAUGCUUUGACCCGAAUGGUGUUGCAAUCAGUCAAAGGCCAUGCAUGGGAACCAAGAGCAAUACCUUAAUUGAAAAUCUACGAACCAACUGUCAGUCCUUCUUUGUUUGUGACAAUAAUAAAGCCAUUGAGCAAUUCUGCCAGAACGGCAUGUUAUUCAAUGCUGAAAGUCAGUCCUGCGAUUGGCCACAAAACGUAAACUGCGGCUUCCACUGGGGACACCGAAGGAGACGAGAUGUAGGAGCAAACUUACCGGACUGUCAAAAAGCGCUCGAGGAUAAAUUCUACGGUAACACCAAGGACGGCUGUCAGACAUUUUUCAAGUGCGUCGAAAAGAAACCAUUUGUUUACACAUGUCCUGCAGGAUUGACCUUCAAUAUUGACAAGAACCAAUGCGAUUAUCCAGGAGUCAGUAAAUGCGCAGGACCCGAAAUCGAUGAAGUGAAAACGCCCUGUUUCGGCCGUCAGACUGGUGAUCGUAUCGUUAACUACGACAACGGUUGCAAAUCAUUCUUCAUAUGUAACCACAGUAAAGCAACUGAACAUUUCUGCAGUGAUGGCAUGUUAUACAACUCGAAACUGGAAGUUUGCGAUUGGCCAGAGAACGUCAAAUGUGUACAGGAAGCCUCAACUCAGAAAAAGCCCUCGUCCUGGCAUAUGCGCACUGUUCGCGAGUUACUCGUCUGGAGUGAAGCAUACAAAAUGGAUAAUUCAGUUAAAAACUCGAACAGUUCCAAGUUAAUACUUUUAUUGUUCGCGGUAGUCCUUGCAUUCCGCUCGGUUGUGUCCUACGAUGUUCGAUGCUACCGCCCUCAUUGGGAUCAUAAUGUGAUUAUCCUGGUACAUCCGGAAGAUUGUCGGAAGUUUUAUAAGUGCGAUCAGAACUUCAAACUUAUUGAAAAAUCAUGUCCUCCGACGUUAGAGUUUGAUCCUGUGUUGAAAAUUUGUGAUUGGCCCAAAGGAUAUUGUGCACCGAAUACCAUGAAGCCAGUGGAUAGUGUGAUGAAUUGCAACGGACUUCCGGACGACGCCUAUCAGCCGGAUUACGAGGACGAUUGCCGAUCAUUCUAUUAUUGUAACAAUGGCAUACCACGAACUGGGCGUUGUGUUCCUGAAACACGGUUCGACGUAAUGAGCCAAAAAUGCAUAGAUGAGCAUUUAGUUAAAUGCAAGCUCCCACCAGGAAUAUCAGAACGUAGCUCCAUGAACUUUGAUUGCCAAACUUCCGCUGGAAACUCAUUUUUCUACCAAGCGGACACCAGUGACAGCUGCAAAUCCUACUUCCAUUGUGUCGAUGGUAGCCUAACCCGUUCAUACUGUCAAGGAUCGAAAGUGUUCAAUGAAGAAACCCAAUUAUGUGAUUGGCCACAGAAGGUGACAUGUGGUGACAAAGUUCAGAAAAAGGGAAAGCGUCAACCACGAGAUGUUUCAACGCUUAAUGAUUUAAACGAUGUCGAUUGUCAACAGCAUCCUGACGGAUACAUUGUUGGACCAAACCCAAUUUCAGAUUGUGCCUCAUAUUUCGUUUGCCGUGAUAAUGAACUAAUUGAGGAAUAUUGUGCAGAUCCUCUCCUAUAUAACCCAAAGUUAGGAAUAUGCGAUUAUGCGGAAAAUGUUAAGAAAUGUAAACUGACUCAGGAUAGAAGUGAAAUAAUUAACUGCCAGCUAGGGACCAAGAGUAUCCAAAAGCACCCGGAGGACUGCUCAUCCUUCGUCCGAUGUAGUUUCGGCCGCUCUCAAAUUAACUCCUGCCCGAUAGGAUAUAAAUUUGAAGAAAAAGAAGCCAAAUGUGUUGAAGAUAUUGACCAUUCAUGCGAGGCAUCCCACAUCAAAAAAUCCUCACCACUGUCAACUGCCCCAGGAGAUCAUCCAAUUGAUACUAACGAGGUAUCUAUGUUUCCCAACUACGCCACAUCCUGCCGAUCAUAUUUCACCUGUGAAAAUGGACGUUGUCGAGAAGAUUAUUGCCGCCCAGGAACAUUGUUCGAUUCAAUAACAUCGGAAUGUUUUGAGAAUGCAUAUUGUCACGAAAAUCACACAACUGUUAAAAUACAAGGACGAGCGGCAUCCUUUAAUAUUGAUUGCAGAUCGAACCAAGGACAAUGGUAUGCUGAUGAGAAUGACUGCACGAAAUUUUUCGUAUGUGCCAAAGGAAGAGCCUACCGACAACAGUGCUUAUCAGGACAAUACUUCGAUAGUUCACGAGGUGUGUGUUUGUCAGGCUCAACAGGAUCUUGUCAACCAGAACCAGCAGAAAAAUGCAGUUGUUCAUGCGGACAAUAUGGCAAUGGAGAAAAAAUCCCUGAUCUGGCUCAGCCCUCAGCAUACUACCUUUGCGAUAAUGGUGUACUUCGUUUGCAAUCCUGCAAUAACAGAUGUUCUUUCGAUGUGACAACGUACCAAUGUGGCUGUGUUACUCCUACUUCACCAAAACCAACAACAUCACCAACAACACCAGGACAAGGAACAUGUGGACCUCUAAAAGCAGGAGAAAAGAUUAAAGACGCCUUCAACCAGAAAAUGUACUACGAGUGUCAACCAGCGGGAUAUUUACUGCAUAAAACAUGCACUGGAAGCGAACAUUUCGAUCCAGAAGUAAAUAAUUGCACUGCGGUUAUAGUAACACCUCCUCCAGUGAGUAGAUGCAAAGACGGAGAACUUGUUCCUGACAGUUUUGAUAAAACGAAAUUCUAUGUAUGCGUCGACGGAGUCCUAAAUCGGAAAAGCUGUGAACCUAACCAGGUGUUUGACCCCACUAUUUUAAUGUGCAUUUUGGAGUCAGGAGGAACUACAGGGAGCACUAGCACUAGUUCAACUACUACUACUAGUAGUACCUCUACGACUUCAACUCAAAAACCAGGAAAGAAUUGCGGUCCAACCCCUGAAGGAGGAAGGCUACCCGAUGCUUUCGACCAAACAAAGUAUUAUGUUUGUGUUGACGGAUAUCUGAAGCAUAUGUCCUGCCCCCCCAAUUCCAUAUUUGACGCUACGAAAUCGGAAUGUACUUCAACUGGACCGACCACAACAGUGCCCACAAAGGAUUGCGGAGACAUCCCUGAUGGAACAUUUCUUCCAGACACGUCAGAUAAGUCUAAAUUUUACGUAUGCGCCAAUGGAGUUUUGCAGCAUAGGUCAUGCCCCAAGGAUUCAUACUUUGAUGCGGAUAAGCUUCAGUGCAUAUCAACGGUUUCAACAACGACCCAUGCUCCUAUUAACUGUGGACCAACUCCUGAUGGAGGGGUGAUACCAGAUGCGUUUGAUAAAACCAAAUUCUACGUCUGCGUAGCUGGUUACCUGUACCAUCGAUCAUGUCCUGCUGAUUCAUAUUUCAGUGAAACAUCAAAAACAUGUGUUUCUACGGUUCCAACGACAACACCAACGUAUAAGGACUGCGGAACAGUACCCAAUGGAGGGAUAGUGGCCGAUGACACCGACAAUACUAAAUUUUAUGUUUGCGUCAAUGGUACCCUUGAACGUAAAUCUUGUCCUGACAAAUGGUACUUUGACAAAAGCCUUUUGAUGUGCGUGUCUACUGAACCGACCACAACGUGGCAAGAAAUGGCCUGUGGUCCAUUGGCAGAGGGUGCAGUUAUCCCAGAUGAAUUUGACAAUACCAAAUUCUACGUAUGCGUGCGUGGUGUCUUGCGGCACAUGUCCUGCCCGGUCGGAUCAAUUUUUGAUAAACAGACAUAUCAAUGUACCUCGAAUUCGACAACAAGCACAUCGACCACAACAAGCACAUCAACAACUUCAACAACAACAGAAAGUUCGAAAAACUGCGGUGACAUACCUAAUGGUGGAUUCAUGGCAGACAAAUACGACGAAACCAUGUUCUACGUAUGCGUUGAUGGUGUCUUACGGCAUGUAUCAUGCCCUGAAGGCCUUAUUUUUGAUCCCGCUCUGGAGUCUUGUGUUAAGGGCACCACGACUCCAACAACCACCUCAUCUACGACAACUAGUACAACUACAACCACAACUACAACUACAACAACACCUGCGCCUAAUUUGAAUUGCGGUGACAUACCUAAUGGUGGAUUCAUGGCAGACGAAUACAACGAAACCAUGUUCUACGUAUGUGUUGAUGGCGUCUUACGGCAUGUAUCAUGCCCUGAAGGCCUUAUUUUUGAUCCCGUUCUGGAGUCUUGUGUUAAAGGCACCACGACCCCAACAACCACCUCAUCUACGACAACUAGUACAACUACAACCACAACUACAACUACAACAACAGUCGCUCCCAAUUUGGAUUGCGGUCCGAUCAAAAAUGGAGACAUGAUCCCUGAUGAGCUAGACGAUAAAUAUUUCUACGUUUGUGUUGAAGGAGACUUGCAGCAUUUUCCUUGCCCUGAAGGAAUGGUAUUUGAUAAAACCUCACUAACUUGCGAAGCAACAACCACAACAUCGACUACAACUACAACAACAACAACAACAACCACCACCACCACAACAACAACUGAAGCUCCACCCCCAACCAACAGUACAGAGCCACCACCAGUUACAGGAUAUAAUUGCGGUACUCCAGGUAGAUUCAUACCAGAUGCUUUCAAUAAAUCGUGCUAUUACAUAUGUAUGCAAGACGGAGCUCUACGCCAUGUGGAAUGCCCACCUGGGCUUGAAUUUUCAGAAACUUUAGAGAUAUGUGAUACAUCUCAAGUAGUCACACCGAGUCCGACUCCAGGUACCAACUGUGGACCUCUGCCUAGUGGCACAAUUAUCCCCGAUAUAUUCAACAGCAACAACUUUUACGUUUGCGUAAACGGCGUGUUAAAUCAAAAAAGUUGCCAAGAGGGUUGGACUUUCAAUAAAGAUUUGCUGAUGUGUCAAUCAGAACCAACAACUACCUCAAGUACCUCAACAACUAGUAGUACUACGUCAACCACUGAAACCCCGCCGGAAUGUAAAGAAGGUGCUUUCCGUCCUGAUGACUCUGAUGACACAAAAUUCUGCGUUUGUGUCAAUGGAGUGUGGACUCAAAGGAGCUGCCCGUCUGGUUCAACAUUCGAUAAGGAUUUGUUGAUGUGCGUGGCUGGAACCACAUCCACAACAUCCUCGACUAAUUCCUCAACUACAGAAUCAACAACACCAACUGCCAAUCCUUGUAAUUGUGGACAAAUAGAAGAUGGCGGCUUUCUACCAGACGAAUUCGAUGACAAACGAUUCUAUGUUUGCAUAUGUGGCACUUUGCGUCAGUUAUCAUGUCCUGAUGAACAAAUUUUCGACAAAAAAGAUUUAGUCUGCGUACAGAACGGCACGACAACACAGUCGACCACCCCAACAACAACGCCUACAACAACCCCAACAACAACACCGACAACCUCAUCAACAGAAUCAACAACUGAAUCAGCAAAGAACUGUGGCCCUCUGAAGAACGGUGGCUUCCUACCAGACGAAUUCAACCCUAAUAAAUUCUAUGUAUGCAACAAUGGUGUCCUGAAUCAAGAGACUUGCCCUACAGGCUGGCUCUUCGACCCUAUAAAUUUGUAUUGUUACAACUGCACAACAGGAACAUCAACUACAACCGAUGGGGAAGGCACUACAAAACCAACGAUACCAACGGAGGGAACGACAGAAUCAACGCCACCAACAGAACCAACGCCACCACAAGGAGAUUGUGGCAACGUCAAAAAUGGUGAAUUCGUAGACGAUGAAUACGAUCCCACCAAGUUCUACCUUUGUGUAAAUGGUGACCUUACGUCAUACGAAUGUGAGCCAGGUCAAGUUUUUGACUUAUCAAGAUUAAUAUGCAUUUCGAGCUCGCUGCUAUCAACGACAACAGUUUCAACCCCCGAAGAGAAGGCAUGCGGAACUAUCCGAGCCGGAGAGUUUGCUGCCGAUUACUUAGAUUCAAGAUAUUUCUACGUUUGUUUGAAUGGCUAUCUUCAACGAAGGAUAUGUCCGCAGGACCAAGUUUUCUCUAAAACAAUACUUAUGUGUGUAGACCAAAGAACCACAGUUCUACCGAACAGACUGACAACGAUUCCGGGAAAAUCGUCCUGCAGGAAUCUUCCAUCUGGAGCCUAUGCACGUCAUGAAAGUGACAGCACGAAGUUCUAUGUUUGUGUCCUGAAUAUGUUGCAGGAGGAACAGUGUCCACCAGGAUAUACAUUUGACUCCAUAAUUUUAUUAGCGGUUGCUGUUAUUACCGCCGCUCUAGCUGCCGAUCCAAGAUGUCUACAGAAAACCACCAAUGACUCGCCACAUUUGAUACAUGAAAACGAUUGCCGGAAAUAUUAUACAUGCAACGAGAAUAAACUGAUAUCGGAACAUACAUGCUCAGAAGGAUUAGAAUUUAAUCCGUUACUGUUGAAAUGUGAUUAUCCUCGAGGCUUCUGUACACCAACCACCAAUAAACCGGUGGAAACUGUGAUGAGCUGCGAUGGCCUCUCCGAUGGAGCUUAUUAUGCUGAGCUUUCGGAUGAAUGUCGCUCGUUCUACCAUUGCAAGAAUGGUGUACCUAAAGUGUCAAAAUGCGCUGAAGGCACCAAGUUCGACACAAAGGCUCGCAAAUGUGUAGAUGAGGCUCUAGCCCAAUGUGGACAAAAACACUCGAAAAAGGAUAUUGACUGCACAAGUACAAAAACCAAGGCUCACAAGGAAGAUGAUUGCAAAUCCUACACAGAAUGCGAAAAUGGAAAAUCCAUUCACAAAACCUGUGAAGGCUCAUUGAUUUUCAAUGAACUUACUAACGCCUGUGAUUGGCCACAAAACGUUAUCUGUGGUAAAUCAGCUGUCGAGCAACGGAGCGAUGAAGUAAUUUACAAGGAUUUCGAAGAUGAGGUUUGCAAUGGAAAACCACAUGGAUACCUUGUUGGACCGAAUCGUAACACCAAAUGUGGUUCCUUCUACCUUUGCAAAAAUGGACACUUGAUUGAAAAGCAAUGUGGUGACAAAUUGGUUUUCAACCCGAAACUUGGUGUCUGCGAUCUGCCUGAAAACGUAGAUGAAUGCAGCGCUGAAGUGAAGCGUUCAACACUUAUUGAUUGCUCAAAUAAACAUCAUCUCCGAUUCCAACAUCCAGACGACUGUUCAGCAUACAUAUCCUGCCACCUUGGCAAACCCCGCCUUCACAAAUGUGCUAAAGGACAACGAUUUGAUGAUGCUAAACAUUCAUGCGUUGAAAGUGCUGAUGAUUCAUGCUCGAAGUCAACUUCAGAUGAAUAUUUCGAACUUUUGCGUGAGGCUCCAUCGAAAAAGGACAAAGCCAACUCCUAUCCAAACUUUGCAAACGGCUGUCGUUCCUAUUUCGACUGCAAAAAAUCCCACUGCAAGGAACGUUUCUGCCUUCGAAAUUUCGCCUACAACUCCGAGACCUUGCGUUGUGAACCCGAGGAAACAGUAUUCUGUGAUACCACCGAUAGUACAGAUGGUACUUCCAAUGUCGUUGAUAAGGAUGCAGUAGCAGACAGCGGUGUUAAAGGACGUGCUGCAGGUGUUGAUUGUUCAUCAGGACAUAGUGCAUGGUAUGAGGAUAAGACCGAUUGUACACGUUUCUACCUUUGCGUCAUGGGCAAUGCUAUUCGUCAACAAUGUCACUCGGGACAAUACUUUGAUGCGGAGAAGAAGAUGUGCCGACCAGGAUCAUGUGGAAAAUCAAAUCCAGCCCCAACUUUCCAACAACCAGCCCAAACUUUCCAGCAACCGGCCCCGACUUUCCACCAACCAGCCCCAACUUUCCAUCAGCCAGCCCCAACUUUCCAUCAACCAGCUAGUUUACCAAGUGCACCAGCGUUAUUCCAACAACCUUUGGCUAGUGCUCCAACAACGUGCACAGAAGGUGAUGCCUUACCAACCGGUACAAACAAAAACAUUUACUAUAAAUGUAUAGGAGGGACGUGGAGAGAAGUUAAAUGCGAUGGCAACCUUAUUUUCAAUCCAACACAAAAGACCUGUGGAGCAAAUCCGAAUAAUGUGAUUAGCUUUCAAGGAGAUACUCCAACCAAAGUAAGUGGACCGGAUUUUAUGUGA